GUGUUCCGCCUCUGUCUCCUCGACAAAUUUCGGCUGUUUUCGUCGCGAGGCGUCCAAGUAGAGGAGGAAAAGGAAAAGGAGAGAAGAGUCUUACGCUGGGAAGAGGGAAAAUAAAGAAAAGAAAAGUGAAACGACAAUUAAAUAUUAACCCAAGUCGUAAGCAGAAAGUGACUGGGCCAGCUUUGAAGUAGACAGUCGGCCCUUUGUUUCUGGGUAAACAGAGUUUUGGCUUCGGUGUAAACACGCUGGUGUGUGUUGUUGUGAGAGACGUAGCAGAGGACAGCCACAGGUCUCCUCCCAGUCUGGUGACCGACGCACUUUGGACACUCGUCUAUAACCUCCCGUGGUUCUACGGACAGUUUGGUGUUGCCAAGGAUGUCGUCAAAGAAUCAUAGUUCCAACAACAUCGCCCACACCCGACGGAUGGUGCAGCAGCUGAAGAUAGAGGCGAGCAUCGAGAGGAUAAAGGUAUCCAAGGCCUCUGCAGACCUCAUGAAUUACUGCAACGAACAUGGCAGAAAUGAUCCUCUCCUCGUUGGCAUACCUGCAUCAGACAAUCCCUUCAAGGACAAAAAACCCUGCACUAUAUUGUAGUACCACUUAGCAUUUAUGUGUUUGUUUGCUUAUUAAUGUUGCCAUAUUCUUUUGUUGGGAGGAGUGAGGGCUGGACUGUAUUCAUAACCAGGUGUUCACCUAAUCUGUUAAUAAUUCUGCAAUUCACUUAGAAUUUUCUUGGAAGCAAGAAUUUGUAGUAAGCACAGUCGUGCACUAUACCCCAUUGCCCUGUUUCACUGAACAGCUUGUCCCCACUAUUGCAGCACUUAAUUUUAAACUCUGUCCACUAACGAGGUUUUGGCUGCAUAUGUUCUAAUCGAUUGCCAAGUUGAUUUUUUUUUUUUUUUUUUUUUGGUCUUAAACACUGUUGAUUUGGUUCCUCUCCUCCUGGAUUCACCUUCGUUGGACAGUGACUGUUAUUUUCACUGUUUUGCCUUACGCAGGCUGGUCCCACCAGUAUUUUUCUGUUUUAAGUCCAGGUCAAGCAGCUGGGUUCAGCUCACAUUCAAAGCUCACUUUAAUGUACUUUGGAUGUGGGCGGUGAUGUCAUGAUUAUUUGUUAAUUGUGGAAUGCUGCAGCAGCUGCAUAGUCCACGUCAGAUUCAUGACCGUGCUCCUCCCUUGGAGUCCACCGUGUUACUGUGUGGAUUUUCCAGUGGGAUUGCAAGAGUGCAGUAUUGUCUUUACCCACAUUAAGCAACUUUCAUCUGAACAUGUGACUACAUGGUUCACAAAUUGGGUUGUCGGUGAUCUCAGCAUUGUGGUGACUUGUUGCUGCACACUGAGUGAAUUGAGUAUAUCUGUAAACACUCACCCAGCUGACACUGUGUUGGGAAACCAUUCAAGUACCUGGGACUCAGCCAAAUUUAUGAUACUACCUUUCAAAUCCACACAGUGUGGAUGUAUUAACAAAUAUAAAUAUGUGAAUGAGACCAUGAAGCCAUUCCUUUUGCCUUUUCUGUUGUACGCUGUAAUAGGACGAGAAGCACAUCAGCCAGCUGUGAUGCAACACCGUGUGCCAGCUCACACUACACAAAACAUGUUUAAGUUAAACCUGUACACAUUCUGAAGUAUUACAGGUACUGGACCAACUGGUAGUUUGCUGUAGUGACAAAACCAGUUGUUUGUGUGGGUGUUCAGUCCAACGUGUCCAACAUGUUUUGAUUCUCUGGGAGACUAGCCGUUAAUUAAGAUAGAAACGCAACAAGUGGCCUAAAUUUAAAUAAUCUUACGCUCUAAAGCCUUACUUAUGUUUGCCACGUAUUAUAAAGGACAUUCUGAUGUAUUAUCUUUAAAAUGUUUGUCUGUCGUAUUGGUUUUGUGAGGGAAGGAAGUAAUUGUGUCAUUUUGUCUCUUGCUGUCUGUGACGCACAGAACGUGAUGUCGUAUUUGCCUUACCUGGUGCUCCGCUUUGCAGCAGUUUCUGUAUUGAUGCCUUCUCAAAAUGGUACUUUCAGGUCUUCAAAUCUGCAAGAUCUACUGCUGUUAUUAUUAUCCAGUUUGGUUUUGUUUUUAAUGAGUCCUCUAUCAGUUGUGAUUACUUGCAAUAAAUCAAUGGUGUAUAUGUCUUAUGGAAAAGUUGGGAUUUCCACUGCCAAGUCAUAAUUCUGUCCAUGCAGCAACUCUGUAAUAGCCUUAUUCCAUCACUGUCAGAAUUUACGUUUUGAUAACUGUUUAAUUAAUAGACCAACCUUUGUAAGAAGACGUAACUAAAAUUAAUAAAGUGAAGCAUUCCUACAGUG